AUGGCAUCAACUCCACGCUACCCAAAACUAAGAUCUCACACGGAGGAUUCCAUCGAAUUAUCUCCUUUGCUUCCAAAAGCUGACAAUUUGCAGUUAACUAGCGGAAAUUCGCUAUAUUUGUACUUACUUACACUUUGUUCUUCUCUUAGUGGAUUCCUUUUCGGCUACGACACGGGAGUUAUUUCUAGUGCCUUGGUGUUACUUAAAGGUCCAAAAGUCUUUGAUCUCACACAUUUGCAAAGCGAAAGCAUUGUAUCUGCUGCAAUCGGUAGUGCCAUCGUUGGUGCAGCUUGUAGUAGUUGUGGAAAUGAAAUCUUUGGUCGACGUCGAGUGAUUCUUUUUUCUUCGAUUGUAUUCUUUACUGGAUCUAUCCUUAUGGCAUCUGCUUAUUCUUUCGAAAAAUUACUUGCUGGACGGAUUGUUAUAGGUAUCGCAGUUGGAUAUGCAUCCGUGACUGUGCCAUUGUACAUCGCUGAAGUUGCACCGUCAAACAUUCGCGGUCAGCUCGUCACAUUAAACAAUGCGUGUAUAACUGGUGGACAGUUUUUCGCAUAUGUUGUAAAUGCCCUUCUUGUUGAUGUUGCGCAAGGAUGGCGUUUCAUGCUUGGAUUGGCAGCACUCCCUGCAUUAGUGCAAUUUUUCGGGUUUCUGAUGCUGCCAGAGACUCCUCGUUAUCUCAUGACUAAAAGACGGAAAGAUGAAGCUUGGAAUGCUUUAAGUAAAAUUCGAGGUACAAUGGAUGUGGCAGUGGAAUUUCGAUCCGUGGAAGACGAAGUUGAACGCGAUCGUUAUGAAGAUAUUGGUCUAUGGGACGAAUUGAAGACCCCGUCAGUCAUUCGUGCUUUGAAACUCGGGUGUUUUAUCCAAGCACUUGCUCAGCUCUGUGGAAUAAACACAGUCAUGUACUAUGGUACCACAAUCAUUCAAAUGGCUGGAUUUUCAGCUCCUAGCACUGCUAUUUGGCUUUCUGCACUCGUUUCUUUCAGCAACUUCAUUUUUAAUUUUGUUGGCAUUUACCUCGUAGACCGUUCUGGACGUCGUCUUUUGACUCUUGGGAGUUUGGCUGGAGUCUUUUUCUCGUUAGUUACUCUUGGCGGGCGCUUUUAUAUAGCAGAAUGGCAAUCAACGCCUGUGAUGGGAGCUGGAAAAUGUUCAACAUUUUCGACGUGCUUUGACUGUGUUGCCAGUACUUCUUGUGGAUUCUGCUUAGAAGGAUCGAUGAAUCCAAUAUUCACUGCUACUGAGCCAACAAAUAUUAAUCUGUGCAUGCCUGGCAAUUCAGUGUCAACCCUACAAGGAUCGUGUUCUAGUUCAAAUUGGUCCUACCAUUCUUGUCCGAUGGACAGUGAAGCUUCUAGGUGGAUUAGCUUGGCCGUACUGUUUGUCUAUAUGGCAUUCUUUGCAUGUGGGAUGGGUUGCAUGCCCUGGACAAUUAAUGCUGAGAUCUAUCCGCCCCGUGUUCGGAGUUUUGCUGUCAGCAUGGCGACGUCUGUUUGCUGGCUUACUAAUCUACUUGUGUCAUUUACGUUCUUGUCAAUUAUGGAUGUUUUGUCAGUAUACGGUGCUUUCUGGCUUUACGCUUCCAUUGCAUUGUUUGGAUUUAUAUAUCUCUGGAAAGAAUUACCAGAAACAAAAGGUUUGGAACUCGAGGAAAUUCAGCACAUUUUUGAACAAUGUGAUAAGCGCUCGAGUUCCGUGGUCCCGACCGGCGAUAGUGUAUACAUUGGUGAGUAA